AUGUCAUUGACUACAAACCUAUUUCAUCAGUUUCCAAAUUGUUGUAAGCUUAAACCGGAUUAUUCGUACUAAAUCUUUAAACGUACCGCGAUAAGAGCCAAGAUAAGUAGUCAUGUUAGGUGUAUAUUCAUGUGUUUAACUCAUUCCGUCAUGGUUCUCAAUAAGGUAUUUUCUAUUUAUUUCCUUUUAUUUGUUGUAAGUGUUGUAACAAAAGGAAAAUCUUUGAAAAAAAGUGACAAAGAACCAUUUGAAAUCAAUGAAUUCCUUUUCGGUACAUUUGGCACCAAAACUUUUAAUGGGUCGUGGCUUACAGGAGACUCUAUACUUCAUAAAAAUAAAGAAGGUGACAUUGUUUUAUCUAACGUGAAACUCGGAAAUUCAACCGUGUUUCUCAAGAAGAGCGUACUCGACCCUUUUCCCAUGCUAUACAGUACUUCUGUAGCGCCAGAUCAUCGUUAUGUUCUGAUAAGAUAUAAUGUCUCUGCAGUGUUUCGUCAUUCAACAACUAGCCUUUACACCAUUUAUGACAUUGAAAAUAACAAAUACUAUGACAUCGAAAAUAAAAAUCACACUCAAUAUGCCCAAUGGGCACCUGUAGGUCAUGGUCUUGUUUACGUCUAUUUGAACAACUUGUACUACUUAAAAACUCCUUUAGCCAAACCGAUAGCUUUAACGAGUGACGGAGUUUCUGGAAUUAUUUAUAAUGGAGUACCAGACUGGGUUUACGAAGAGGAAGUAUUGGGUACGGGUUCCGCUCUGUGGUUCUCACCAGAUGGAAAACAGUUUGCAUUUGCAUCCUUUGACGACACUCAAGUUAAAAAUUUUACAUAUUUUACAUACGGGGUUCCAGGUGAUCUCACUUCUCAGUACCCUCAAAAAGUUACAAUAAAAUACCCAAAAGUAGGUACCAAAAACCCUGACGUGACAACAUACAUCGUAAAUUUAGAAUCGGAUGAUGAUAAAAAAGUACCAUUAGAAAUUCAUGCAAUUGACAAAUCGUGGCACGAAAAAGAUGAUUACGUCUUGUAUGACAUGGUUUGGGUCACCAAUGAUGAACUUGCAGUGAUUUACUCAAAUCGGGUCCAAAAUAAAGCGCAUUUGGUUCGAUGCACCAAAGAAGCGAAAUGUAAGAGCGUACCUGAAGCGACUUACGAGGAGAAAAACGGUUGGUUGCAAAUACAAAUUCCUUUUUACAAUAAGGCUGGUACUCAAAGAAUUGAAAUUUUACCACAACCCGAAGGAACGGACGAAUUUGAUCACUUGGUACUAACUGAUGUUGCUAGUGGUAAUGCGAAAAGGUUGACAAAAGGCCCGUUUUAUGUCACGACUGUGGAUGGGUGGGACGAAGCAAACAGUCUCAUAUAUUUUUCAGGAACUGGUGAGAAUGCUCCGGCCCAGAUGCACGUUUAUGUUGUCAAUACCGAAACUGUUGAAGUCAAAUGCUUGACUUGUGAGAUGAAUACGUCUCGUGGUCUCUGCAAAUACGCUUCGGCGGUCUACAGUAAAGAUUUUAGUUACGUUACAAAAAUUUGCAGAGGUCCCGGACCUUUCCUUGUUGAGAUACACAAUCUAAAAGAUGAAUGUGAUAUUCUCAUUUGGGAAGACAACCAAGCUUUGGUUGAUAAAUUGGCAAAAAAAGCAUUACCGGUUGAAAAAAAUUUGAAAGUACCUCUUGCUGGUGGUUUUAAUGCUAAUGUGCGAAUGCUUCUUCCACCAGAUCUGGAUGAGAAUGGGUCUAAAAAAUAUCCAGCAAUUGUUAACGUUUAUGCAGGACCUAGUAGUAACCAAAUAAGCGACGCUUAUUCGGCAGGAUUUCAGAAUUAUGUUGUUACAAAUCGGAAGUAUAUUUAUAUCUAUAUUGAUGGACGAGGAAGUGGUAAAGACGGUAAAAAUAAAAUGCACCAAGUUUACAGAAAAUUAGGAACAGUAGAAAUUGAGGACCAAAUUGCUGUUACAAAAUUCCUGCAGCAAAAGUUUUCCUAUAUUGACGCCAAUAAAACUGGAAUUUGGGGUUGGAGUUAUGGGGGCUUUGCCAGUGCUUGGGUCUUAAUUAAAGAUACUGAAAAGAUUUUUAAAUUUGCAAUGUCAGUGGCACCUGUAACUAGUUUUAUUUAUUACGAUUCAAUUUAUACCGAGAGAUACAUGGGUUUGCCAACCCCUGAGGAUAAUUUAGGAGGCUAUAACAAUACAGAUGUUACAAGGAAAGUAUUGGCGAUGAAGGACAAAUUAUUCUUCUUAAUCCAUGGCAAUGCCGACGAUAAUGUCCAUUACCAGCAGUCCAUGCUUUUGUCUAGAGCUCUAGAAGUUUAUGAUAUACCAUUCCAACAACAAAGUUAUCCGGACGAGAAUCACAGCUUGGGCCGCGUAUGGCCCCAUUUGUACCACACUAUUGAUCGAUUCUGGGCGAGAAGUUUCAAUUUACCUGACCCUCCAGCUCCCCGAUUAGUUCCCCCAAUAAUGUAGUUUGAUUUGCAUUGAAUAAAAAAACUAACUCUGAAAA